AUGACACCGCUACAAGAAACCUUGCUCCUCCUACUUGUUUUCCAUGCCGCGCUCCUCACCGCCGCCGUCUCCGGCGCGCCGUCUGGGCCACCCGAGGCAAAAAACUGCCCUAGCAAAUGCGGGGAAAUAGACAUCCCCUACCCAUUCGGCAUCGGUCCCGGGUGCUCCCUGUCGGGCCGGUUCGCCCUCACAUGCAACGAGACGACGAGUCCUCCCACCCUGCUCCGGCGCGACAUCAAGGUCGCCAACAUCACGCUGGAGACGGCGCAGAUGGUGGUCUACACCCACCUGACCUAUAGCUGCGACCUGCCGAGCAGCAAGAACACGAGCAAGCUCACGACCACGAGGGUGAGCGCGGUGCUCCGCGUUCGCAACCCGUUCCUGCUCUCGGCGUCGGCCAACGUGUUCACGGCCAUCGGGUGCCGGUCGACGGCCAGGCUCAGGAGCCGCAGCGUCAGCGACUACCUCACCGGCUGCAUCACGACGUGCCUAAGGGUGAACGACACCGGGGACGACGGCACACCCUGCAGCGGACACGGCUGCUGCGAGACCUCGCUGAUUUCCCGCCUCAAUCAAGUCAACGUCAGCUGGAGCACGCGCGCGCUGGGCAGCAACCCUGUGCCUGAAAGCCCGUGCCAGUACGCCUUCGUCUCCACCAAAGGCUGGUACCAUUUCAAGAAAACUGAUCUAAUUGGGAAUAUGACAUUCAUAAAUAGACUUGGACAUGGCCCCGUCGUUCCUGUUGUCCUUGACUGGGCAAUACGGGAUGGAACAUGCCCGUCGGCGCCAGAGGGUGACAACAGUGAGAAUGUUCCCUACGCAUGUGUUAGCGCCCAGAGCUAUUGCGUAAAUGCCAGCAAUGGAGCACGCGGCUAUUUCUGCAGAUGUUCUAAGGGAUACAGUGGCAACCCAUACAUUAAAAAUGGAUGCACAAAUAUUAACGAGUGUGAGCUACGGAGAUCCCCAAACUCAACAAUUUACAAGAACAUGUAUCCUUGUCAUGGAGGGAGAUGCCACGAUAGAGAAGGUGACUAUGAGUGUAAAUGCAAUUUCGGACGAAGAGGUGAUGGUAAAAGCCAGAAGGGUUGUGAAUUUGUAGUGUCCACGACUGCUGUAGCGGUGAUAGGAACAAUUGGUGCCAUUGCAUUACUCGCCGUGCUACUGAUAUUCUUACAUAUGGAGAACGAGAAAAGAAAACUGAGAGAUUGUUUCAACAAAAACGGCGGACAAUUACUCAAAAGCCUCAAGGUCGAGAUCUUCACAAAGGAAAAGCUAGACCACAUCACAAAUAACUAUCGCUGCAUAAUCGGCCAAGGCGCCUUCGGCAAGGUCUACAAGGGAGCCACGGGUGCCAGAGACAAUGUACGGGUUGCCGUGAAAUGCUCGAUCCCCAUCAACCAGGACUGGAAGAAGGAGUCUUUUGCGAAUGAGAUCACAAUCCAGUCCAAUAUCAGCCACCGGAACCUGGUCCAACUGUUGGGUUGCUGCUUGGAGACGGAGGUGCCCAUGCUGGUCUACGAGUACGUGCCCAGGGGGAGCCUCCACGACGUACUCCACGGUGACAAUAAGGAACCUCUCCCGCUGGAAACACGCCUGGAUAUCGCUAUCUAUUCAGCAGUUGCGCUUGUUUACAUGCACUCGGAGGCGAGUCAGACAUCAAUCAUCCUCCACGGAGAUGUGAAGUCGGGCAACAUCCUCCUGGACGACGGGUUCACGCCCAAGGUGUCGGACUUCGGGACGUCGAGGCUCAUGUCCAUCGACAAGGACCACACCAACUGGGUGGUCGGGGACAGCAGCUACAUCGACCCCGUGUACAUGAAGACCGGGCUGCUCACCGAGAAAAGUGACGUGUACAGCUUCGGCAUCGUACUACUGGAGCUCCUGACCCGGAAAAAAGCAAGGUAUGACGGGAACCAUAGCCUGCCACUGGAUUAUGUCAAGGCUUCCAUGGGUGGGGCGGUGAGGGAGAUGUUUGAUCCAGAGGUUGCGUCUGGUGGGAAGGAAAAUGAGGAGUGCCUUGAGGAGGUGGGCAAGAUCGCGGUGCAGUGUCUCAAGGAGGAUGUGAACGACAGGCCCACCAUGAGUGAAGUGGCUGAGAGACUUAAAAUGUGCAAGUGCCGGUGGUUGGAGUCUGGCAGGAAGACGAAUGAGAUAUGCACUUAGUUACUGUCAGAAAAAAGUACUACUCCUAUCUACUUAAGAUUUUUUUUACAGUUGACUUGUACUUUGAGUAAUUAGCUAGUACGCUCGCGUGUAUCCCCGAGUUGAACUUUGUUUCGUGUAGUUGUGUAUAAUUAUUUUUU